CGGCUGUGCGAACCGUCCGCCGUUUCCUUGCAGCAGAGGAGAGGAGGUGGUGUCGAGAGACUGGGAACAUUUAGGAACAUCAUAACCUCAAUCAGCUCCACUGUACGAUGAAAUUAACUUCAUUUAUGCCCGCCCACGAACUCCACUACUUUACCUUACUCCUGGUAACCGGACUGUACACUCCAGUGCGGGGAGAGAUUACCAGUCUGGAUGCAGGAAACAUCGAUGACAUACUUAAUAAUGCCGGGGUGGCUUUAGUCAACUUCUAUGCAGACUGGUGUCGGUUCAGUCAGAUGCUGCACCCUAUCUUUGAAGAAGCUUCUAAUGUGGUGAGGGAGGAGUUUCCAGAGGCAACACAGGUGGUGUUUGCCCGGGUGGACUGCGACCAGCAUACUGAUAUAGCACAGCGCUACAGGAUAAGCAAGUACCCCACUCUGAAGCUCUUUAGAAAUGGCAUGAUGAUGAAAAGGGAAUACAGAGGUCAGAGAUCAGUGACUGCCAUCGCCGACUUCAUCCGCCAGCAGCAAGUGGACCCUAUCUCAGAGAUCCAGAGCCUGGAGGAGGUCAACAAAAUAGAUAGAACGAGACGAACCAUUAUAGGCUACUUUGAGCAGAAGAACUCGGACAAUUACCAUACUUACGAAAAAGUAGCCAACAUCCUGAGAGAUGACUGUGUCUUCAUGGCAGCGUUUGGUGAGGUGUCUAAGCCUGAGAGGUUCAGUGGUGAUAAUGUUAUCUACAAGCCAAUAGGAGAGAGUGUUCCUGACAUGGUCUACCUGGGUUCACUAACAAAUUUUGACCUCAUUUACGCCUGGGCACAGGACAAGUGUGUACCCCUCGUCCGAGAGAUCACUUUUGAGAAUGGAGAGGAGCUGACAGAAGAGGGCAUUCCAUUCCUAAUUCUCUUCCAUCAGAAGGAUGACACGGACAGUCUGGAGAAGUUCCAACACGAGGUGGCUCGCCAGCUGAUCAGCGAGAAGGGCUCUAUAAAUUUCUUGCAUGCUGAUUGUGAUAAGUUCCGGCAUCCUCUGUUGCACAUCCAGAAGACUCCUGCCGACUGCCCUGUCAUUGCCAUUGAUAGUUUCCGCCACAUGUAUGUCUUCCCAGAUUUCGCCGACCUCUCGGUUCCUGGAAAACUGAGGCAGUUUGUGUUGGACCUUCACUCUGGAAAGUUGCAUAGAGAAUUCCACCAUGGUCCUGACCCCACAGAUAGCACCCCAGGACAGCAGGAGGAGAACAAAGAAGCAGCCAGUAGUCCUCCAGAAAGUUCCUUCCAGAAGCUGGCCCCCAGCGAGACACGUUAUACCAUCCUCAGGGACAGGGACGAACUGUGACCUCCAACUAACAACAGCAAUGCUACCGUAUCAUCACCCAGCCCAGAACCCACGCAGCCAGCACUGCUGCUGCAUCACCUCUAUUUUCAUAAGUUUUAUUUUGGAUAAAAAAAAAAGUGAGAGAAGGAGAAUAUCUGAAGAUUUUUUGGUGGGACAGGGAAAGAAAGUGGAAGAUUGUUUUUACUUUUACUUUUGGAGCUUGUAAAUAUGUAUGUGCUCUGCGGGUCAGUCUCGUCUAAAUUAAAUAUGGAUUUUUUUUUUUGUCGACCCUUAGGUUUUUGUUUAUCCACUUUUUUUUUUUGUAGGAAGAGAAAUACAGAAAUAUUGAUGGUCCCCCCUGUUGGGGUCCACACGCUCAAACCAGUUUGGAUCUCCUGUGCCGACAUGUGAAAUCAUGGAAAAUUUAGCUUCCAGAUGACUCUGCAGUCAACCUGUGGUCCCCAACUUCAGUCCUCAGUAGUGCGUGAGAGUGCGUGAGAGUGCCUUGGUACGUGUGUUUAUUAGUCUGUAUUCUUGUGUACUGUGGGGUUCCAGACUUCACUCGUUACGAUCCAGAUUUGGUAGUCUCAUAUCAGCCCAUUCCACAGUGAUCAGUGGUUAGAGGGUGGGGUUUUCUCAGGGGUGGGGUUUAGAGGGACAGGUUGUUUGUAAAUUGGUCAUCUCAGAGGGGGAAUGGAAACCA